UCUCUCAUCGGCGACAAUUUCCUCGGACCAGAAAACCUCGGCGAAAACUUCGGACCCAUUGAAACCGACGACACCCCAAUCUCGGAAAAGUUGAAAAACCCGGCUCUAUCCGUCGCCGAGUAGUUCCCAUUUAAGCUCCCAUUUGCAGCCGAUUUUUCUUCGAUUCUUUCCGGCCGGUCAGAAUCCACUUUCUCUCCCUCCUAUUUUCCCUUCCUCAAUAAUAUUCUUAGAGAUUUUCGGCCUUCCCAAAAGUCCUCGAUAUUGCCCGUCAUGUCCCAGCCUCUUAGACCCUGACUUUCAAAGCGCGAAAAGCUUUCGUCUUUGAAGCCAGGAUGUCCAAGAGUUUGGUUUCUGGUUCAUUUUUGGCUUCUGGGUUUUCCACGUUCUGGUAAUUAAUUAAGGCUUACUCUUGAGUUUCUGGGAUUUUAGAUUUUUUUUUUUCCCAUGUUUUGUACAGUUUUCGUUUUUGGAUUUAUUUUAGAAGAGGGGGUUCUUUGAUCGAAUUUGAUUGAAGACCCCUGUUGGGUUUGUAAAUAUUUAUGGGUUUGUUGUAGGUUUGAAAACCCUUUUGUAAAAUUGAAAAUUUUAAGGCAAUAAGAAACAGGUUCGUGAGUUUCUUCAACCUCAAGUUUUUCGAACAAUGUCUGUUGCUGAUGUUGCUCUGGGUCCGAUUCGCAAGGAGCCGGUGGAUUAUCGAACCCGGAUAGGACCUUUCUCCAGCGAAUCGAUCCUUGUAUACCUCACUGUCGGUGGUUGUGUAAUUCCUAUGCGUGUGUUGGACUCCGAUUCGAUAGCGUCAGUGAAGCUUAGGAUCCAGACAUGUAAAGGGUUUGUAGUCAAGAAGCAGAAACUAGUUUAUGGAGGCAGAGAGUUAGCCAGGAACGAUUGUCUCAUCAAGGACUAUGGUGUCACUGGUGGGGAUGUUCUGCAUUUGGUUCUAAGGCUCUCUGAUCUCCUAGUCAUCACUGUUAGGACCAUUUGUGGGAAGGAAUUUGAGUUCCAUGUUGAUCGGCAUCGAAAUGUCGCGUACCUUAAGCAACGUAUUUGGAAGGAGGAGGCGAAAAGUUUUGUUGAUGUUGAGGAUGAAGAGCUUUUCUGCAAUGGUAAGAAGCUCGAUGAUCAGAUACUGAUUGAUGAUAUAUGCAAGGACAACGAUGCUGUGAUUCAUUUGCUAGUUCAGAAGUCUGCAAAAGUUAGAGCUAAGCCCGUUGAGAAGGAUUUCGAACUUUCGGUUGUGGCAGCAACUGCAAGUGAAGGGAGAGAUAAGCAAUCCAGGGAGCUUCAAGUUGUGACAAGGGAGCCACCGGGUAGAGAUUUCUGGUUGAAACCGAUCAUUGUUAAUCCCAAGGCCAAAUUGUCCCCAUGUAUUUGGGAUAUGAUUAACUCUACAUUUGAUGGUUUAGUGAAAGGAAAUGAACCUAUCAGGUCCUCUGAAGGCACAGGAGGAGCUUAUUUCAUGCAAAAUUCAUUGGACCAGGAGUAUGUUUCAGUUUUCAAGCCUAUCGAUGAGGAGCCCAUGGCUGUACACAAUCCCAGGGAUCUACCUGUUUCAACAAAUGGUGAAGGGUUAAAGAGGGGGACAAAGGUAGGAGAAGGAGGAUUUAGGGAAGUUGCAGCUUAUAUAUUGGAUCAUCCAAGGAGUGGACCUCGCACGCUAUCAGGUGAAACGACCGGCUUUGCUGGCGUACCCCCUACCAUCAUGGUUCGCUGCCUGCACAAAGGAUUUAAUCAUCCAGAAGGGUAUGAAGGCAAAUUAAAGAAUGUUAAGAUUGGAUCAUUGCAAUUGUUCAUGAAGAAUGAUGGAAGUUGUGAGGACAUUGGUCCUGGGGCUUUUCCCGUGGAUGAGGUACAUAAGAUCAGUGUGCUUGAUAUAAGAUUAGCGAAUGCAGAUAGGCAUGCUGGGAACAUUUUGUUCCGCAAAGGAGAGGGUCAAACUGUGCUCAUUCCAAUUGAUCAUGGCUACUGCCUGCCUGAGAAUUUUGAAGAUUGCACGUUUGAUUGGCUUUACUGGCCACAGGUUCGCCAACCUUACUCUCCUGACACCAUUGAGUACAUAAACUCGCUAGAUGCUGAACAGGAUAUAGCACUCCUGAAAUUUUGUGGAUGGGACAUUUCACUUGAGUGCGCCCGGACGCUCCGAAUAUCCACCAUGCUUCUGAAGAAAGGAGUGGAGAGAGGUCUCACCCCCUUUGCCAUUGGAAGCAUCAUGUGCAGAGAAACUGUGACAAAGGAAUCUGUGAUCGAGGAGAUUGUUCAGGAAGCCAAGGAUUCCUUGCUCCCUGGCAUGAGUGAAGCUGCAUUUCUUGAAGCUGUCUCCCAGGUCAUGGAUUCCGUGCUUGACAAGCUAACAAAAUAAUUCUCCUAUGAUUUAUAUAUAAUCAUAUAAUAUAAUAUAAUAUAAUAUAUGUAUGUAUUUACUGAAUGAUUGGUCCAUUUUUGGAUGGACUGAAGUUCGUACAAAAUGUUCGUGGCUUACCUUGUUCUGUAUAGGCCUGAAGCUUUCCUAAAUACUUUCACUUCUGUCAACAGUUACCUGGGGUUGUGUCGGGAUGUUGAACAAAUGCUUAAGAUCAUGAAUAAGAUGUGUUCUACAGGAUUGUCUGAGAUACAUACAUGUCGAUGUUAAAUCAAGACUUCUAUCAUCCAAGCGGCCUCAGCUUAAGUGGUUGUGAGUUAUAUAUAGCCAAGUGAUAUAGAUGAGGUGUUUCUUUUGACAGAGUUCUAAUUGUGAGUUCUUUCUUUGCGAUCGGAGGACAAUAGAUUCAACUGACUCGAAGCAAUUAAGAUUUACAAAUUGGAGUGUAGUUUGUGCUCAGGUUCCAUGGAUU